UUCUCUAUCCCCAUCUUUGCUAUUUCCUUUCCCUUUCCAACUUCUUUGCUUUAGAAUUGUAAAGAUGGAGGGAAUUGUGUAUGGUUCUUUGUAUCUGUAAAAUUUUUCCUCCAAACACCAUGCCUGUCUUUCUCAAGCUCCAGUUGUAGCUAGCUGCAUAGCUUAAUGCUUAGGCACGCGCGCGCACACACACUAGAGAUCUGCAAUCUAUGUGUAUAUAUAUAUAUAUAUAUUCAUAAGGCACUCACAUAUCAAAAACCACAUAGACAUUGUGUAUAUAUAGCGAGAGCUGUCGUUCUCAAGCAGAAAAAAUGAUAUGAUUUCAUCAGCAUGUGGUCAACCAAAUAGUUCAAGCGUAGUCUUUGCUUCCUCUUUCUAGAGCCUUAUAAGGACAUAGAACUUGGAAAAUAAAAGACAAAGAAAUUAAAACCAAAUCUAGCUACUUAACCGAAUGAUGAUGUCUCUCUCAGUAGUCUUAAUUAAUACUCUUGUUUUCCUUGUAGCUACAGCUUUGCUUUUGGUUAAGUAGCCAAAUCAAAAGAUGUUUUAACUGUGUUUUAUCCGUCUUUCUCAAGAUCUAGCUUAGUCCCACCACAUAGCUCCCUCAAGCUACAGCUGCAAAAUAUAUACUCUCUCUAUAUAUAUAACAAAUGUAUCCGCCAAGCAAUAGCUGCAACUACAGCCCCAUUUUCAACAUCCCUUCUCCUUGUAUGCAAUAUGGAGACGAACUAUUCUUCCAAUAUUAUCAUGACGAUUACCUUCAAGAGCAACAAGUACCGUUGAUAGAAGAUCAGAGUCUUGACAUCUUAGCUGAGAGCACUGAGACUGUUACUAAUAACAAAGAAACCGUCAUCAAUUCUGAUCAUAGUGUAAAAGUUUAUAACAUAGAAACUGUUACAAACAGUCAGGGUUUGGGAGGAAAUGAAGAAAAAAGAGUAGAAGGCCGCGAAAACAAAAGAGAUGAUAUGAGCGGCACCAUUAGUAUCAUUCAUGGACGGAAAAACAAGAAAUGUUCCCAUAAAGAUCGACAUAGCAAGAUUAGCACUGCUCGUGGCCUUAGAGAUCGAAGGAUGAGACUUUCCCUUGAUGCAGCUCGCAAGUUUUUCAGUUUACAAGACAUGUUGGGGUUCGAUAAGGCAAGUAAAACUGUAGAAUGGUUGCUUACCAAAUCGGAGUCUGAAAUCGAAGAGCUAGCUAAAGGCAAUAAAGAAGGAGAAUCCCUUCCUAAACAAAGCUGCAGUACUACCAAUGGAAUUGGUGCAAUUAGUACUGCAAUAUCCUCUAUUUCUGAGUGUGAGGUUAUAUCAGGAACUGAUGAAUCUUCUUCUAUUACUGAUAAAAAGAAGCUGGAAACUGCUAAAGGACCGUUGAAAAAGAAGGGUAAAACUGCUCGUAGAGCUACAUUUGAUCCUCUUAUUACAAGGGAAUCGAGGAAUCAAGCAAGGGUUAGGGCUAGAGAGCGAACAAAACUAAAGAAAAGCCUUAGUAAAUCCAAAGCCAUGACUCAUGAGAACAGUGCUGAUGACUGUAAUUUGGUGGUUAAUUUUGGAGAUUGGAGUCAAUUUAGCAUCUUCAACUAUCAGCAAAAUGCAGUUGGAAUUUCCCAUGAUCAGCAGCAAUUUACAGACUUCCAAUUUUGUGGUAAUAAGCUGUGGGAAGUCUAGGGCAAGGAAAUUUUUUCAGGCACAGAAACCUUCUUCAAAUUUGUGCUACUCGGCCAGAAGAACGUUGUUUGAUUCUCUGUUUGGUAAUGUAAAAUAAUUUGUACUUCAUUUGUUCUCUUUGUGAAAAUCUCUCUAGUCUGUACAUAGCGCUAUGUCUUUUUAUUUUAAUUGUUAAUAAAACCACCACAUAGUAUUGA